UAACUUCAACUCACGACAUGUCUCUCGUCAACAAGCUAUUCUGUAGCAUCACUGGCAAGGGUAGCAGCGACAGCGCCGACUCCUCAGACAAGCAUGUCGUGGGCCAGAGCAAAAAUGCAAACGAGGUGCUCAAACAGUUCAUUGCGAAGUCUCCAAAAGCAAAGUAUACAUUUGACAGUGAACGCGAUGCGCCGCAGUCUGAGCUCUGUCGGGCCCAGGACGGCGAACGCCAGAAGGAGUGCAUCAUGAUUCAGAUGCAGAGCACGCGAUUAUUCCAGGCAAUGCAGGAUCACGGCUUCUUCUGCGUGUUACCAUCCGAUCCUUCGCAAACUCAUAUUGAAUGUACCCCGAAACCAUAACUUUUCGGCGACUACGGUACAUGUAGGCUUUGCGAUGCGCAUUGCAGAAAUCAGGUGCCGUACCUAGUAAUCGGCGUUGGAGAAAAAAAUUCAAGAGAGAGCGUUCGAGCGUUGUAAUUAGCGGUGCCACCGGAACUUCGUUCACCGAAAUUGAGAUGCCGACGAACGCGGUGUGGAGAAGAUGGAAUCAAGCAAGUAUAGGAAAAGUGACACCUUUACGGAACUUUGUAAAGCGAAUACGUAUUACGAACGCCCUCUUGGCUCCAUCCUAUGGAAGAAAGGAUUUAUACCUCGAUUGUUAAUUUAUUCUGUCCGCGUUCACCGUCAAAAUUGACUAUAC